AUGGAUGUUCGUGUCAGGCUUCGGCCUUGGCUGGAAAGUCGACUAAAUGAUGGGUGGAUUGAUGGCCUUAAAUGGGUUGAUAGAGAAAAGGGGAUAUUCCGAAUACCUUGGAAGCAUCACAGCAAGCACACAUGGACUGAAGGCGACGCUGCCAUUUUCAAGGAUUGGGCUGUUGUUACUGGAAGGUUUCGUGAGGGUGUCGAUACUCCUGACUGGCCAAUGUGGAAGACUCGACUGCGUUGUGCUCUAAACAAAGCACCUGAUAUACAAGAAGUUAAGCAGCGGCAUAACUUGCAUUGUGAGGAGCCCUUCAAAGUGUAUAGAUUUGUUAGUAAGACAGAGUCUCUUUGGAGAUUAAACGCAAUCAGAAACGCUAGUUUGAUAUUCGAUGGCAUACCACCAGUUUACGCAUUGACUUCAAAUAUACCGAAUACGAAUACUUCUCGUGUUAAUCCCACUUUCUCCCACUCAAGACGACCUACGGUAGCUGUCCAGAAAUUGCAUAGAAUGGGACAUGGAUCGCGUCAGUUUGCAUCGGUUAGAAGGAACGAUGGCGUCCAUAUGAAGCAAAUACAAUCCAACCAAUAUGGUUCAGCUUAUAUACUUCAAGGUCAGCAGCCCAACCCCUAUAGAAUUCACCGCAAUUCUGUAAACAUGGUUUCUAAUCAGAAUUUGGGAUGCGUUAGUGAAACUGUGAAUGUAGAUGGUCAAUUUAAAAUGCAUCCGUUAAGCAUUUCUGAUUGCCAGAUGAUCAACAGUAACACUGCGUCUGAUGACCUAUCGCUCCUUACUUAUUUUGUUCCUGGAGUUGUUUCAUUGGACCAGUCGCUUGAACUAAUACCUGAGCCUGAAUAUCACCAUUUAGGUAUACGUAUACAACAUUUAAAUGUACGCGUGAGAGAUACUAUUGUUACUAAUCCAAAUGGUUGUUGUGUAUACUAUGAACGAUUUGACGAGAUCACAUCUCCUAAUGCUCCUGAACCAGUUGAAGUGCUGAUUCCUCAUCAGGUUUCAGUAGCUAAUAAGCAUUAUGUAGACCUCCUGCUGGACAAUAUGGUCAAGGGAAUCAUCUUAACAGUUGUUCGUGGCAGUAUUUAUGUCGAGAGAGUAUGCAAAUGUGCUGUCUUUGUGUAUAUACCAACGGUCAGUGGACAACACGUUUUAUUAAAGAAACUUGGGCGUCGAUUACGGGAGAAAGUUUUUGACUAUGACCAAUUUUUAUUUCAACUAGAGUCGUAUCAUCAAAAUCAACAGCCACGACCUCAUUUUGAAAUUGUUCUUGCAUUUGGUCAGCAGCUAAAGCCUGGUAUAUCUACUGACAGUCUAUUGGUGUGGUCUCGCGUUGCCAGCUGUCGUGCAUGGUUUCAUUUACAUAAAUCUGAUUCUAUGACGGCACAAAGCUACGAUGAGUACAGUAACAAUGUACAUUUAAAUAAUCCAAUGCCUUCCAUGUACUACCAAACUGCUGACAGCUUAGAACAAUCAGACUAUAAAUUUUUGAAUCAUUUUAAUGAAAAUCAAAAUCCUAAUGAAUAUAAUGGUUACAGUAAAAUUCAUACUGUUGCGAAAUCUGACCGAACUGAUCCUGUUCAUGAACACGUACCUACUAUUAAUUUUGCAGAUACAACAUUAGUUACAGAUGGUAUUGUCACUGAACAGAUAAUUGAAGAAGGCGUUGAAGUUCCUUUGGAUGAUACCGAUGAUUUAACAUAUGAUACUUCAGGUUCUGUGUUGCAGGAAAAUCUCAUCGUUUGUGAUCCAUCUCAAGAUGUCAGUUCGGUCCCUGUAUGUGCUCCAAGUUCUUCAGUUCCUCAGGAUGUAUUUUUGAGCAGUGUUGACACAAUAGAUUUAAAAUCUCACUUACUUUCUGGUGUAAAUGAUACAAUUACAAACAACUUCACUUCACCUUUUAAAGAGUGA